GGGCGGAGGGGCCAUGUGCGAUCCGGCCGUCUGCAGCUUCCUCACCCAGACGCUGUGCGCCCAUGGCGGGCGCCUGGGGCUGCGGGAGCUGCAGGAGCACAUCGGGCUGCCGGCGCUGCAGCUGCAGCACACGCUGGCGGCGGCGGGCCCCCGGCGCUUCGUGCUGCUGGAGGGCGGCCGGGAGGUCCUGGCCGUGACGGACGCGCGGGUCUGUGUCCGCAAGGAGUGCGACGGCUGCGAGCGGCUGCACCUCUGCAAGCUGCACCUCAUGGGCAGGUGCAACCUGGGGCCCAGCUCUUGUAAGUACUCGCAUGACAUCAUGAAUGCAGAGAACAAAAAAGUUCUAAAAAAACAUGAUUUGUCUGGCCUCAGUGAGAAUGAACUGCAAGUCCUGCUUCUCCAAAACGAUCCAUUCUUCCUCCCUGAUACCUGCCACUUUUACAACAAAAAAGGUUAUCACUGUAAGCAGCAAGACAACUGCAACAAGCUUCAUGUUUGCCGACACUUUCUCCACGGGAAAUGUAAAUUUCUUCGAUGUGUAGUGUCCCAUAACCUCUUGGAUGAGCAUGCAUCGAGAGUGUUGGAAACUGUAGGCAUUGAUGGGAAGAUAGCUUCAAACUUCCAGGCUAUAUAUGAUUACAAGCAUCUUGAAUUCAACAGGGAACAGAAGAAGGUGUAUGUACACAACUACAGAAAUGAUUAUUGGAAGAAGCCAGCAGUUCAAAGGACUAAAGAACCAAAGACAACUUCAGAAACAGUGCAAUGCAUGCUGGAUGUCCCACCUUCAGAAGGUCCCAGUAGCACCGUACCUGCCCAGAGCCAAGACCUGUUGCCAACAGGAACAAGAGAUAAAGAUAAAGGUCCCAGUAGCACCGUACCUGCCCAGAGCCAAGACCUGUUGCCAACAGGAAUGAGAGAUAAAGAUAAAGGCAAAGAAAAUGGCUUUGAUAGUAGAGCUGUUGUCUCGAUGGAGAUUCCCAGUAGCACUGUACCUGCUCACAGCCAAGACCAAUUGCCAACAGGAGUGGGAAAUAAAAAUAAAGGUAAAAAGGACAGCUCCUCUGAUGAAGCUUCAAAGGACAACAAAACAGAUAACUGUGAUGAGAUCUGUUUGUUCUAUGUCUGGAAGUACUGCAAAAAUAAGGAUAAAUGUGAAUCUGUUCAUUACCAUUUGCCAUAUAAAUGGGAGAUACGUGAUGGGUUGAACUGGCGUGAACUUCCCAUGAUGGAGGAAAUUGAAAAGGCCUAUUGUGACCCAAAGAACAGCAGCUUGCCAAGUAGGAACAUUAAUUUCCAGACAAUGACCUGCUGUUCUUCUUUGGUUCGACGCCUCUCUACACCAUCAUCAGUCCUAAAACCCACAUUCCUACUGACCACAGAGUGGAUUUGGUACUGGAAGAAUAACCAAGACAAGUGGAUUGAAUAUGGAGAACAGGAAGAAGGGAACAGCACGACCUCACCAUCUUCUGCUGUUAUUGAGAAUUUGUAUCAAGCAGAUCCAGGUGUCACUGUAGCUUUCCAGGCUGGCCAACAUCAGUAUGAACUCAAUUUUAAAGAAAUGACUCAGACAAACACUAGUUUUAAAACUCAAAGACAGGUUUGCAGGCGACCAAAAUUCGUGUCUUCUGAAGAUGUACAGAAGAUAAAGACAGGCAGCCAAAGGGAUUCUUCUAUUCCAAAUCAGACCUGUCCUAGUCACUGGGAUGCAUCUGCACUGCCUGACUUGGGAUACAAGUAGGUAAUACUGGGAGUGGCUGGGAUUCUGCAUGCUUGUCGUGACCAUUUUAAGAGCUGACAGCUACAACUUGAUGAACUGCCUUCUCUUCAGACAUUGACAAAUAAUCCUGGCAAAAUCUGCUGUGCUGGAAGUGAUCCAUUUUAAAAAGGAACCUGUGAGAUAGGCAGAAAGGCUUCUUGGCUUAAAAUGAGAAACUGUUUUGGUAACAUUGCUUAUUUUUUGAGUAUUGCCAUGUCUUAAUCUGUAAGUCAUUGAGAACAGUUCUGUAGAAAGAAGUGUAUAAAAUGCACAAUGGAAAUUGGUAACACUGAUUGGAAAGUUGGUGUGAAUUUCUCCUGUCUUUGUUUUAACAAAACGGAAUUUUAGUAGUUGUUAAAUAUUUUAAAGGAAAAAAAAAAGAAUUUAUUAUAUUCUGAAACUUCUUGCUGGGUUUAAAAUUGUCUCCUUGUUGUACAACUGAGAAAAGCAUGCAAUGGAUAUGUGGUUUCGUGUCAGUCUUUGUGUGGCUGAUGUCCUGCUGAAUCCUGGCCACACACAGCCCGAGGAUUGCUACACUGUACCAGGCACAGGAUGCAAUGUGAAGAGUGUCUGUCCAUUUUGUAGAUGUCAGUUCUGGUGGGGUCACUGCCACCAGUACCAACCCUGCUCCUUCCAACACCCCAGUGAAGCAGAGCUCAGGGUGUGAGCCACAGAGUACUGCUCUUGUGCAGUCAAACACUGAUGGGAAUUGCUGCCAGAGCAGUGAUUCCUUCUCUGCCUUAGGAACUCUGCUCCUUGAUAACAGGGUAGCAAAUGCUUACACUCAGUGGGAUUUCCUUUUCAGGCCUGAAGGUGAAAAAUGCUGAAGAAGUUGCGUAGUUAUGCCACAUCAGCCUUCGAAAGCAAUGUUAUGCUGUGAUCCUUCAUUAGCAUUAGAAGCAUCCUUGGGGAAAUAAGGAAAAACCCACAAGUUUUCAUGGACAGGAGAACAGCUUUGUUGUCAGGAGGCCAUCAUAUGAUAUAUGAUACAUAUAAUCAUAGUACCUUUCUUACAGGAUUAGGCCUUGUGUAACUUGGCUGACCCUCUCUUUUACCUAGUAAGGUUUCAAUUCCUCAGGUAGAGGUCAUAGAAUCAUAGAAUAGGCUGAGUUGGAAGGGAUCCAUUGGGAUCAUCAAGUCCAACACCUGGCCCUGCACAGGACACCCCAAGAAUCACACCAUAAGCCUGAAGGAUACAGCAGAGCAAAAGUACAUUUGUAGUUUAAGUGAGAAUUGUUCAUGUAUAAAUAAAUUUGCAGAUGACACCAAGUUUUGAACACGGUAGGUGACAUACCUGAAGGACAGGGCCAUCCAAAAAGAUAUGGACAAACUCAAGGUGUGGUCCAUGGGAAUCCCAUGAGGUUCAACAAGUACUGGUGCUGCAUCUGAGCCAGGACAACCCCUGGGGUCAGUUCAGGCUAGAGAUAAGCAGAUGGAGCAGCCCUGGGAGAAGGAUUUGGGGGUGCUAGUGGUGAUAGCUGGACAUACCCUGCCCCUGAAUCCCCUUUGUGCUGAGCUGAUAAUUUACAAGGGCCUUGAGUGACAAGACAAGGGGGGAUGGCUUCAGUUUAGACUGGGUAUUAGGAAGAAAUUUUUCCCUGUGAGGCUGGGGAGGCCCUGGCACAGUGGCUGUGCCCUGUGGCUGCCCCAUCCCUCAAAGUGUCCAAGGCCAAGUUAAAUGGGGCUUGGAGCAACCUGGCAUAGUGGAAGCUGUCCCUGCCUGUGGCAGGGGGUGGCACUGGAUGGGCUUUAAGGUCCCUUCCAACCCAAACCAUUCUGUGAUUCAAAAUAAAAUAUGAAGUACUGAAAUACAGUGACAUGAUUUUCAUCGUGUCGGUAAUGGUGAGCAACUUGGGCUGUUGUGCCACAGACUGUGCAGACAAUCAGUACAGCACAUGUGUUGUGCUGUAAGCUUUGGAAAAUGCUCCUGUAUUGAGACAUGGGAGAUCUCACUCAACAUUUUAAAGGCUUUUUAAUAAAUUCAAAAAAAUAGUUCUUUCUUGUAAUCUUUAGAACACUUCCCUGCGAGAGAUCUCCUCAUAAAUAAGUACUUAAAUGUAUCUGUGAAACACAAGUUUUAUUCUACUUUAUUUUCUCUAUAAGCUCAGCCUUCUAAAACGGGGAAUUUUUGCCUGGUAGGAUAAGAUGUUAGUUUCCUUGUUACCAUUUAGGAUGGCCACAGCUUUCCUGCUUAAAACACUUUGGAAUGUGGGAUGUUGGGAUCUCACUUUGUAAUCUUGAGUCCACACUUGGCUUAAGUGGAAAGUAUUACCAGGUGACAUCAGCCUGCCAGCAUCACACGUUUGCAGUUUACGGAGAUAAAUGUUGAUUCUAGAAGAUAAAAGACAUGAGUUACUUUGGAGAAUAAAUGGAAAAUUCAUGCAUGACAUAUAGAAGCAGAAGAGCUCAAGUAAUGUUUUAAUUAUGUUUUGCAUUAAAUUAUCUUGGGGAAAAAUGAGCAUUUCUUAAUGGCUUUUUAAAUGCAAAAUGUAUACUUAAAUAAAAGGAUAAUGGCUAAA